AGUAGGAUAGCAGAUGGUGGAAAUAGAAACUAUUGAAUAAAGAGAUCUAUUGAGGACAGGAAAAAAAGAGGGUGAGUCGGACAGGGACUGACUUAGAAAGUAAAGCAUAAAGUUUGAUAACAGGAAUGAGAGAGAAGUUUUUAAAGUGGUCUUUUGACUAAUCCUCUGUGGGUGGGGCUUUGAGUGUGGGAGACUGUCAACAGUGUUUUCCCUUCAUGGACUUCUAGAGCAACAGAGUAGAACAGAACGAAUGCAUUUGUUUUAGUUAGAGACAGAGAGAGAGAGAGAAAGAGAGAGGGAGGAAAGCUGUUUUAAUAUGUAAGUGUAGAGGAUGGACCGUCAGCAUGUGUGAAUAUGGAUGUGUGUGCUUUAGUAUAUGACAGGGUAGAAGAUUUCGGUGUGUGUUACAUGCCGAACCGAGAGGAACUACUUUCAUGCGAUAAGAUGCACACACAAACUUGUCAGACUCACCCUGAAGAUUAUUAGUGAAGAACACCAGGAGCGAGGGAUUCCCUUAAAGAGAAAGAGAGAGAGAAAAAGAGAGGGACAAGGAUGAAGUGCCGCCGCAGGGAGGUUGGUGUAGAGGGGGGUGUAAGGUUAGUGAUGGAGAGCGCUCUCUCGGCAAGAGAUCGGGUCGGCGUCCAAGACUUCUUGCUCUUGGAGAACUACAACAGCGAAGCUGCUUUCAUUGAAAACCUACGCCGCCGGUACAGAGAGGGCCUCAUUUAUACGUAUAUUGGCUCAGUGCUGGUGUCAGUGAAUCCUUACAGAGAGUUGGAGAUUUACUCCAAACAGAACAUGGAGCGACACAGAGGAGUCAAUUUCUAUGAGAUCUCACCUCACAUUUUUGCCCUGGCCGAUAAUUCAUAUCGUGCACUGCGGACUGAGAGACGAAAUCAGUGUAUUCUGAUUUCGGGAGAGAGUGGUGCUGGAAAGACUGAGGCCUCCAAAAAAAUACUUCAGUACUACACACACAUCUGUCCCACCCGCAACAACACACACACUAUCAGAGAGAGACUGUUGCAGUCCAACCCAGUACUGGAGGCUUUUGGGAAUGCUAAAACUCUCCGGAAUGACAAUUCGAGUCGUUUUGGGAAAUACAUGGACAUUCAGUUUGACUAUAAGGGAGCUCCAAUUGGAGGUCACAUCCUAAACUACCUGUUAGAGAAAUCCCGUGUGGCCCAUCAGAACCAUGGUGAGAGAAACUUCCACAUCUUCUAUCAGCUGCUGGAGGGUGGAGAAGAACCUCUUUUGAAGAGACUCGGUUUGGAGAAAACCAACCCACAACAUUAUCAUUACCUGGUUAAGGGUAACUGUCCACGGGUGAGCUCUAUCAAUGAUAAGAAUGGUUGGAAAGUUGUGAGAAACGCUCUCACCAUCAUUGGCUUUAAUGAGGAGGAGAUACAGGAGCUGAUGGAGAUUGUGGCCAGUGUUUUACAUCUGGGUAACAUACAGUUCGGUGAAGAUGAGGAGGGAGAGACACACAUAACCACUGGACCCCAACUGCAAUAUCUGUCCCAGCUGCUGGGUGUGGACGGGUCAGUCCUGCAAGAAGCUCUUACUCACAAGAAAAUUGUUGCCAAAGGGGAGGAGAUGAUCAGUCCCUUGAGUUUAGAACAGGCUCUCUCUGCUCGGGACUCUUUGGCCAAAGCCAUAUAUGGUCGUGCCUUUACCUGGCUUGUCCAGAAGUUAAACCGAUCAUUGGCCUUUAAGGAUGAGGUCUACUACUCCAGUAAAUGUUCUUCAAUUAUUGGUUUGCUGGACAUAUAUGGAUUUGAGGUCUUUCAACACAACAGUUUUGAGCAGUUCUGCAUUAAUUACUGCAAUGAAAAACUGCAGCAGCUGUUUAUUGAGCUCACACUGAAAAGUGAACAGGAGGAGUAUGAGGCGGAGGGGAUCGUGUGGGAGAGAGUGAAAUAUUUCAACAACAAAAUCAUCUGUGACCUGGUGGAGGAGAAACAUAAAGGCAUCAUUGCCGUUCUGGAUGAGGAGUGCUUAAGACGAGGAGAUGCCAGUGACAUCACCUUCCUGGAGAAGUUGGAGGACACACUGGGUGGCCAUGCCCAUUUUGUCACUCAUAAAAUGGCCAACGGGAAGAUCCGCAAGGCAAUUGGGAGAGAGGAAUUUAGACUUGUUCAUUAUGCUGGAGAGGUUAACUACAACGUCAGUGGGUUUCUGGACAAAAAUAAUGAUCUGCUGUACAGACACCUGAAGGAGGUGCUGUGUCAGUCGGGGAAUCACAUUGUCAGUCAGUGUUUCCAUGCAGAUGAGUUGAUGGACCAGAGAAGACCAGAGACGGCUGCCACACAGUUCAAGCUCAGUUUAGCUAAACUGAUGGAGAUUCUGAUGUCUAAGGAACCAUCGUAUGUCCGCUGCAUAAAACCCAAUGACGCUAAACAGCCUGGUAGAUUUGAUGAGGUUUUGGUCAGGCAUCAGGUGAAGUAUUUGGGUUUGAUGGAGAAUCUGAGAGUAAGGAGAGCUGGAUUUGCAUACAGACGGAACUAUGAGGUGUUCUUAGAGAGGUAUAAGUCUCUGUGUCCAGACACCUGGCCAAACUGGCGUGGGAAACUCCCAGAGGGGGUCGCCACUCUGGUCAAACACCUCAACUACAAACCUGAAGAAUACAAACUGGGCAGGUGCAAAAUCUUUAUCCGCUUCCCAAGGACUCUGUUUGUGACUGAGGAUGCACUUGAGGCCAAGAAACAAACCAUCGCUGUCACUCUGCAGACAUCUUGGCGGGGCUACAGGGAGCGAGCCAAGUACCACCAGAUCCGACAUGCAGUAAUUGUUAUCCAGUCAUGGUGGAGAGGAGUCAAAGGGCGAAGGAAAGCCAUGCAUCGUAGACAAGCAGCUGACACUAUACGCAAGUUCAUCAAAGGCUUCAUCCUGCGCAAUGAGCCUCGUUGCCCUGACAAUGCGUACUUCUUGGACCAUGUGAGAUUCUCCUUCUUGAUGAAAGUGAAACGAAAUCUGCCAAAAAGUGUGCUUGACAAGAGCUGGCCAAGACCACCGCCCUCACUCACUGAGGCAUCUGAGCACCUUCACAGGAUGUGCAUUCGCAACCUGGUCAAUGACUACUGCAGGAGAAUCCAGCCAGAGUGGAAGAAGCAGUUGGAACAGAAGGUUGUAGCCAGUGCGAUCUUUAGGGGCCAGAAGGACUGCUACCCUCGAAGUGUUCCCAAACUCUUUGUAGCCACCAGGCUAGAAGCUGAAGAGAUCAAUCUCAAAGUGCUGCAAACUCUUGGGAAUGACAACAAGGUGAAGUAUGGUGUAGCGGUCACUAAGUACGAUCGCCAUGGUUUCCGCGCUCGUAUGCGUCAGCUGCUGUUGACCACUUCAUCUGCUGUGCUGGUCCAGGAAGCAAAAAUCAAACAACGUAUCGACUACGGCACAUUGCUGGGUAUCUCUCUUAGUUCCCUCAGUGACGGAUUCUUUGUUUUGCAUAUUCCCUCCACUGACAGUAAGCAGAAGGGUGACCUAGUGCUGCAAUGCGAUCAUGUGAUUGAGGCUGUCACCAAGCUGGCCAUCAUGGCAGACAAGAUACACAAUGUCAACAUCAGCCAGGACAGUAUCAGGUUUGCCAUAGCGAGGGGAAAGGAGGGAGUGAUAGAUUUCACCAGUGGUUCGGACCUGCGAGUUGUCAAGACCAAGAAUGGACACUUGUCUGUGACCACCCCACGAAUCUCAUGAACAGCCAAUGACAGCUCACCAGCAGCGGACAGAUCAUUUCACAGGAGUGGUUUAGCCAAUCACUACACAGAGCCAGACUACCCUUUUAUGAUUCAUUUCAGUCUCACUCCAAAAGCACGUUAGCAAGUGUAUAUUAAAGGACAUUUGCAAUCUUUUUUUUCCUGAAUAUUGAAUUUAGAUUAUGCUUUUAAUGAAGAUUUUUAAUUAAAUGAGUUCAUUUUGUAUUUUCUCUCAUCUGACCAAUUAAAUGAAUCUUUGUUUUUUCAGUUAUGUUAAUAAUUCAAGCUUUACUAUGCAGAUAUACUACAGAGUAUUUUUAAGAGUUCUUAUUAACUAGAUGAUAUUUUAAAAUGUAAAUACAAAAGCACAACUCAAUUGUUAUUGAAUAAUUUGAAAAAAAAAAAAAAAGAUUAAAUGCAUUAUAUUUAAUGUGUUAUUUUUGGUUUGCUUUAUUAAAUCUCUAAAGACUUCAGACAGAUGCAAAAAAAUCCUGCUUUUUCAGGUGUUUUGAAACGGAGAUCAGUCACAACAUGUCUGCAUCAAGUGUUCAAUAUGACUUCACUUACCAUCUGUUGUAUGUAAAAAAAA